GGACUCCUUGUUUUUUAGCCUUUCUUUUUUUCCUUUCUCCUAUUUUCUCUCUUCUCUCUCUCUUCUCUUCAGGGAUAUUCUAGCCUGAACUCGCCGGAGAAUCCAUAGAUUCCGGUGGCUUCGCCUUUCUUUGAUCACAGCCAUGAAUUAUGAGUAUGAUCAUCUUUUCAAGAUUUUGCUUGUUGGAGAUUCUGGGGUUGGCAAAUCAUGUCUUCUUCUGAGAUAUGCUGAUGAUACAUAUUCUGAGGCUUACAUAAGCACCAUUGGAGUUGAUUUUAAAAUUUGCAGUAUGGAGCGGGAUGGGAGGAACCUUAAACUUCAAAUUUGGGACACUGCAGGGCAAGAAAGAUUUAGGGCCCUCACUUGCAGCUACUAUCGUGGGGCACACGGUGUUAUGGUGGUUUAUGAUGUAACAGACCAAGAGAGUUUCGAUAAUGUGAAGAUGUGGGUGAAAGAAGUUUAUUCCACGGCUGGUAAGAAUGUCAACAUAUUUCUACUAGGAAACAAGUCUGAUCUCACGGCAGAUAGAGUAGUGUCAUAUAAAACAGCCAAGGCAUUAGCUGAUGAAAUUGGGGCACCUUUAAUGGAAAUCAGUGCAAAAGAUGGAAGUAAUGUCCAACAGGCUUUCAUAGCCAUGGCUACUGCAGUCAAGGAGAGGGUGGUGAAGGAACGAGCCACGGACAAUGGCAGAGACUCAGGAGUAAAAACCAGAGGAAAGCCCAUUUCACAGAGCCGUAGCUGCUGCGGAUCUUAAAAGCCCAGACUUGUAUUUCCAACUUCCUUGUAUUCUAGCUGCUUCGCUGGAUUCUUAUCCAACAUAUUAGCUUACUCUAAUCUUGGUUGCAUUCAAGGUUUUGUUUUUUGUCUUUCAUUAUUCCUGAUCAGAACCAGUCAUUAGGAAUCUAUCAUUCAGUUGUAGGUUUGAAAGUUCUUUUCAUGGUUGUUGAGAUACAAGUGUGUAAAUCAGAAUAUCAAUACAUACUUUCAUCA